GAAUGGACGUACCACCAGAGGAUCAUCUACGAAAUCAAGAGAAUCAACCAUUACUCGAUGAGGGUAUUGGAAUGUAUUCAGAGGAUUUGGAUCGAAAUGAUGAACCUGAAUAUAUUACUGAAUAUGGAGAUGGAACAGAAUCUGCUCAAAGAGCACAAAGACCAAAUGGAGCAACAGUUCUCUGCCGUGUGUGUGAUGUUGCAGUAUCUUUGGAAGGACGUAAUCAACAACACGUUGUUAAAUGCCAUAGUUGUGAUGAAGCAACUCCAAUUCGUCCAGCUCCACCCGGAAAGAAAUAUGUGAGAUGUCCGUGUAAUUGCCUAUUGAUCUGCAAGGCUUCAUCUACGAGAAUUGCCUGCCCACGCAAUAAUUGCCGUCGGGUUAUCACUUUGGCCGGUCAACGGGACCCGGGAACAGCAAUUCGUGCACCAACAGGAAGUUGCCGUGUCAAAUGUAAUCAUUGCAAUGAGAUAUUCCUAUUCAAUACACUGACAAAUGCGCUGGCAAAUUGUCCACAUUGCAAGAAAUAUUCGACUGUCGGAAGUUUUGCUCGUCGUCGUGCUCUUUUAUUCUUUAUUCUUGCUGCAACUGUUGCUGUGUUGGCUGUUAUUUUGACAAUGUUGACGAAUGCAUCGACAUUCAACAAGAUCUACAUGGUGCCGAUUCUGAUUGGGCUCUACGGAUGUGCUCUUUAUACAGCUUACAAAUCAUUCAAUUAUUAUACGUGCAGGAAAUCGGAAAUUAUUGGGCCAGUGUAAGGACGAGGGAUUCGACAACUUCUAAACAUUCACCCGGCUGAAAUCCAAAUUUUUGAGCUUUUUCUGUACACUUAAUUGUAUUAUUUCAUCCAAAUCCACACACACACAUCUUUUUUUAUUGAAAAAUUGCCCAAAAAUCGUCUUAAAAUUACGUAGAAAUUUCAAAAAUUAGACAUUUUCUCCCCACUCAAUCACCUCUUUUUUAAUCUCUCUGUGAUCCGUAUUUAUCGUUUUUUUUUCUGGAAAUUUUGACUGAAAAUUUGGGAAAAAUCUAAGAAUUUUGAAGUUUUUAGUAAAAAAUCAUAGUUUUUCUAUUGAAAAACCUGGAAAUCUGCAAAUUUGAAAAUUAUCUCACUAAAAUUAUUAAUUUCUUGGAAAUUUUCAAGUGGAAAACCUGAAAAUUUCGGUUUUUCCGUUAGAGAAAAAUUCUGAAAAUCUGAAAUUUCCACAAAAAUUUGAGCUUUUUCCCAGUGAAAAUCCACCAAAAAAAUUUUCCAAAAUUUCAAUUUUUGUACAAAAAAGUCGGAAAAUUUCCAAUUUUUCAGUCAAAAUUUCCUCAAACGUUACACCUAGAAACUGGUAUAUUUUCCCUUUUUUCUAUCAAUUUCCUCAUUUUCUACCCGAUUUUCCACCAAAUUGCAUGAUUUUUAGAAAAUUGUUUUUCGUCCCAUUUUAACCAAAAAAUUCCCAUUUUUUUCAUUUUAACAGGUGCUUUUUUGUCCGUUUCCCCGCCGAUUUUCAUGUAAAAUGCCCCUUUUUUCUAGAAAAUUCUGUUGAAAAUUAACCCAAAAUCACCGAAAAUAGCCCCCAAAAAUUGAGCAAUUUUGCAGUGUGCACACCAAUUGAAAAAAAAUGUUAUAUAUAUAUAUUAUUUAUAAAUGAUCCCCUGAAAA